CGCUUGAUCAUAAGUUUCGUGACGCAUUUGAAUCUCGUCGAAGCUUGAUUUUGGUUGUUAGCUUAAUUUGGUUUUACACUUACGCGAUUACAGCUUCACCUGACUAAGUGCAUUCACUAUAGAGGAAAGCUUUAGCGAUGGAUAACUACCAGUCAUUGUUACCAAUUUUUGCAGCAGUUCUCGCGGUAUGGAGUAUUUUACUUGGAAUGUCUUUUCAUCAAAUCGAUGAAGGUCAUGUUGGUGUCUAUUACCGUGGUGGUGCUCUACUGUCUCAGACCAACGGACCCGGUUAUCAUCUGAUGAUUCCCAUCAUAACAACAUACAAACCUGUUCAGAUUACUUUACAAACUGAUGAAGUAAAGGAUGUUCCUUGUGGUACAAGUGGUGGUGUUGUCAUUUAUUUUGAUCGUGUUGAAGUAGUCAAUUAUUUGGCGGCUGAAAGUGUUCAUGAUAUUGUCAAGAAUUAUACAGCUGAUUAUGAUAAAACACUAAUAUACAAUAAAAUUCAUCAUGAACUAAACCAGUUUUGUAGUAUACAUACUCUACAAGAAGUAUACAUUGAAUUAUUUGAUCAAAUAGAUGAAUUUUUAAAGCGAACAUUGCAAGCAGAUCUAAUUUUAAUGGCUCCUGGUUUAUAUAUUCAAGCGGUACGAGUUACAAAGCCUAAAAUUCCUGAAGCUAUUAGACGCAAUUAUGAAGCUAUGGAGGCUGAAAAAACAAAACUGCUAAUUGCUGAACAACAUCAAAAGUUAAUUGAACGAGAAGCUGAAACUGAGCGUCGUCGUGCAAUAAUUGAGGCUGAAAAGCUAGCUGAGGUUUCUGCAAUAGAAUGGCGAGCUAAAUUAGUUGCUCAAGAGCAUGAACGGAAAAUCAGUGAAGUUGCAGAUGCCACACAACUUGCCCGAUCUAAAGCGCUUACAGAUGCAGAAUAUUAUCGUGCCAUGAAAGAGGCUGAAGCAAGCCAUUUAAAGUUAACCCCAGCGUAUUUGGAAUUAGCGAAAUACCAAGCUUUAGCACAAAACUCCAAAGUUUACUUUACCGGUGAUCAAGGAAACCUUAUUAUGGAUCUUUUGAACCAAAUGUCUUCAAGUUUGUCUAAAUCAAAUGUGUCAACCAAAGACCAGGUCACAUCUUCAUUUGUGUAGCAUUUCAUUUUUCAGUACCUUAAGUUUUUAUAUUUCAUUCGAAGUUGUCUAUUUAUGUACAUUUUUGUAAUAUUGUACAAUAAACCAGAAACUUUUUAUUUAUCA